CGGAGCAACCUGGGUCCUAGUUGGCAGAGCUCUCCCCAUAUGGCAGCUCCGGCCGCGGAGUGAUGGUGGCGGCAGCGAUGAUGGGCCGAGCAGGGGCCAUGGCGGUGGCGGCAGAGGUGGCAGGGGCGGGGCAGCUGGCGGUAGAGAAGGCUGUGGUCUUCGGGGGGCUGUAGGUGGAGGCAUGGCUCGGGCCAGCAGCGGGAACAGCAGCGAGGAGGCGUGGGGGGCACUUCGGAUGCCACAACAGCAGCUUCGAGAGCUGUGCCCAGGAGUGAACAACCAGCCUUACCUCUGUGAGAGUGGUCACUGCUGCGGGGAGACUGGCUGCUGCACCUACUAUUAUGAGCUCUGGUGGUUCUGGCUGCUCUGGACCGUCCUCAUCCUCUUUAGCUGCUGUUGCGCCUUCCGCCAUCGACGAGCUAAACUCCGGCUGCAGCAACAGCAGCGGCAGCGUGAGAUCAACUUGUUGGCCUACCACGGGGCAUGCCAUGGGGCUGGCCCUGCCCCUACCGGUUCACUGCUUGACCUUCGCCUCUUCAGCGCCUUCAAACCCCCAGCCUAUGAGGAUGUGGUUCACCGCCCGGGCACACCGCCGCCUCCUUACACUGCAGCCUCAGGCUGCCCCUUGACUGCUUCCAGUGAGUGCACCUGCUGCUCCUCUGCUUCCGGCUGCCCUGUCCACUGCGAGGGAACAAAUUUGGAAGGUGUUUCCUCCCACCAGAGUGCCCCCCAUCAUCAGGAGAGUGAGCCUGGGGCAGGUGUGAGCCCUGCCCCUGCACCCCCCUCUUGCCGCUAUCGCCGCCUGACUGGUGACUCCGGUAUCGAGCUCUGCCCUUGUCCUGACUCCAGCGAGGGCGAGCCAGUCAAGGAGGCUAGGGCCAGCACCACCCUGCCACAUCUGGACGACCACUCCUCUUGUGUGCUGCCUCUGGAUCUCGUAUCCCAGGUCUCUCUUGUGGGGCUGGCUUCUGGUGAAGGGGACAUCCCAUAAGCAGUUUUGAGAGGGUGGGUGGGUUACUUGCCCACCAGUCCUGGUCCCAACUCCUCGAGUUCUCCUUGGCCUCCCCCUAUCCUCCUAGAAGCUGCCUGAAAGGGCUGGAGUCCUGAGGAGAGGGGCAGUGUUUGGGGGACUGUGCGAGCUCCACCCCCCAAGACAUACAUAGGAGCCUUUGAUCUCAUUAAAGAGAUGUGAACCA